GAAUUCGAACGCAACGGCUUCCGCAUUCAGGGGGCGAAUGGCAAUAGUAGUAGUUCUGCUAGUUUUACAUCAAGAUCAAACGUUGUCCUGCAGCAGAAGACAGGGGAAAUACAACGAGGAGAAUCAGGUCCUCCGAGAACAACGAAUUCUCAGGCUGUUGCACCUGAAAUGUCGCCAUUAGAUGUUACAUAUGCAGCGGAACCACCAGCAGCGGCAACAAAAGUAAAGAUGUUCAACAAUUUUUUUGCGCCGCAGAACAGAACUAGUGCUAGUAGUGGCAAUAGUGCACAGUUGAUGGGAACGAUUGGGGUAUCUUCACCACUCGACGCAAGCGUAACUGCGUUGCCUCAGAGAACAUCGAAUCCUGGGUCGAGUUUGCGAUUUGGAGGUGGUCCUCCUGCACCAACGUUGAUGGGAACGAUCGGCAGAGAAGGGCCUCAACUGGGCUUCUUUCGCUCACGUGGAAGUAAGAGUUCAUCGCCAGGGACUAACACUAUUCCUAUAGGUCAACAUCAACAACAACAACAACAACAACAACAAACUGGUGGCGCUGGGACAAACAGUAGUAACGACAAUCCAGAGCAGCAGUUGAUAGGGAGAAACUCCUCAUCAAUGAUGGGACGUGGCGAAAAUCGCCUAUCCGGAACAGGUGCUGGUGUGGACAUGCUAGGCGCGACAGUCACGGUUCCAGGGUCACUAGUGAAGCCAGCAGCCCUGAUGCAAGGCCACGUGCCGGAUUUAGCGAAGUUCAUCUCAACGCAUCGUCCACCGCCAAUAAACACCCCUGCGCGCGUUCCGCCAACCAUGACGCAUUUACCUGGCAACGUGAAUGCGUCGAGCUCCGGAGCUGCUUUUGCACCACACCCAUCAUCCUCUGGUGGUGGAAGAGUACCCCAAGCGGCGGUCUUGCACUCUUCUACUGCUGGAGGUGGAUCUCCAUACGAUCCGGUUGAAGACUCCGUAUCUUCUUCUGCUUCCAGAGGACUUGCGGAACAUCUAGAUCCUAAGAAAGCGAAGACGUAUUUUAGCUUCGAUUCACCGACUGCAGAGAGCGCUUCGAACCAACAACCGGUGCGAGACAAUAACCAGCACAAUAGUAUUAAAUCGACGUUUUAUGAUCCUUUUGCAGACGUUUAUAGAAGUAGUCAGCAAGGCCAAGGUCCCAGUGGAGGUGGGCCAGGAACAGCGCAAACAUCUUCUUCAUCCACUGGGGGUUACAAUCAGCAAGGUGUUGUUGUACCAAGAACAAGUCUGAAUAUGAACACAAAAAGUCAGCCACCUGAGGAUCCGGGGAGUCCGACUUUGCCACUAGGCUUUUUUGGGUCACAGGGGCCAGAAUACUACCAUACAGGAGGGGCCUCUUCGCAGUCUUGCCAAGCGCAGAUGAAUAAGACGGACACGGGUCGUGGAGGGGGUGGCAGACAGUUGUUAUGUGAUUUCGAUGUUGAAGCACGGAGUAGCUACGAGUAGUUUGGGGUUCCACUCCAGACCUCCUUCACAAUUGUAGAUAUGAUGCAACUUUUGAUUUAAUCUUAGACCCUCCAACUACUAGCACUGUCAUUUGAGUCUGAUGACGCUAUCCUACUCUAAUUUCCAGCUUAACAGUCCAGCUUGACGAAAGCGUUUGGGACACUUUGAAAUUUGCAGACACCGACAACUUCCCAGCCAGAGCAGCGCAAUUUCUGCAGAGGAAUCGUAAGAACCAGAUCCUUUGUGAGGGCCUGGUCGCAGAGAUGGCUAAGUUGGUGGCUGGUGGACAAAAGAGUGGGAACUGUGAUGUGGCGGAUUUGUUGUAGAUUGUCGAUUAACAAGGCUAGUACUAUGCACUUAUAGAUUAUAGCAAUGACUGACAUACCGACAAAUAGGGCCGCGAUUAUGAAUAUAAUACAAGCUCGUCUCUGUCUGGUCUGUCUUUUUUCUAGUUAGGUCGGCUCCACCACAA